CGAUUUCUUUCAAGGGAAGUCACUAAGAACAGCUUAUCUGGACUCUUGCUCAGUUUGACAAAAUGACCCACCCAGUGGAUUAUUUUUUCCAUUCUCAUCCACAAAGCGGGCAGAGUGCACACACCCAGGAGAGCGGUGAUGCUGGCCUUUCCUCCAACAUGGAGCACAGCUUCACUGAUUAUUACAAUGAAAGUAGUGGGCCUGUGGCAGAUAAGGGCAGCUUUGUGAUGCCAAUUCCCAAGAUCGAACCAGACAGCUUUCAUUACUCUGUGAUGGUGAAAAAGAUCUGGUCACAGCCAUCAGUGCUUAAGCAUGCGCUUUAUCCAAAGACACGCCCUGUGUCUGCUGAGGAGGCGUUUAUUAAACUGCCAUCUCAGGCUGUGUUUCAAAAACCCAACUUUCCACCUCAGGAUUGGUCAGAGAGCAGCUCAGAGGAGAAGAGUGACAAAGUUUUGAAAGCAGACAUUUUAGAGAAGGAACCUGAUGCAGAGGUCGCAGGAGAAGAACGCUGCACUAAGAUGGAUACUUGGGGAAACCCAGCAAAACCAAAAGGUCCACCAGUGGGUCCUGGAAGCAGGAGAAACGGCAACCAACGCAGGAGAAGAGCUGCUGGGAGGCACUGGAAAUUGUAUCUGCUAUGUUGGGUGGCAUUCACAUGUGUUCCUGUCUCUGGGGGUUUUCCUGCUAAGUGUUUCACCUGCAUGGACAAGGACAGAUGCCCAAAGUUGCUGACCAUAUAUGAGACUGAUCAGAACAAUAUUUUGUUCAAGAGAGGCCUCAAUAACUCAUUACCAGAAUGCUCCGUAAUCUCUCCACCUGGUCCUAUGAGUUGUGUGGUGUGCCAGGACCAAUCCAACAUUACCAUCUACUGUUCAGAGGAUGUCGGAAAAAUCGACGUGGAAGAUAUUAAAGGACAAAUAGUGGACAUCUCUCCAUGCUGCACAAAGAGUGGAGAAGCAGCCAGUCCCUCACCCUCUCCUGUUAAUGCUACUGACUACAUGAAACAAGGUGACCAGAAGCAGAUCCCCGACCGUGCACGUAAUGGACUCAUUGUUGGCGGUGUCCUCUUUUUGAUUGUGGUGGUAGCGCUGGUGAUCUACAUUGGCUGCCACAGAAAACAAAGGACUGAGAGCCGCCAGUGAAGAACUGUAAAGACGAAAGACAGCAGUGUUGAGGCCAUUCUCGCGCCAAGCCAUUUGAUUUCCAUAUUAUAAUCUUGCUUUAGCUGCAACAUAGAUGCUAUUUUUGCUAUUGUUAAUAAAUUAAUCAUUGGGCCUCAGUGAAGAAAACUAUGCAGUAAAUUUCUACGACUGAGAGGCUGGAACUGUCGGGAGCCUCUGGCCUAUUUAAUUUAGUUAAUCACUUGUUUGACAAAUCAGCUCUUGAUAGCUGAUGAUGUUUGAAAUUAGUUGCUUUUUUUUUUUUUUU